GCAAGAUUCACGUCGAAACAGAUUUUAAUUUUCAACGACUGAAACUCCACGAAUGAAAAAAAUGAACCAAGAAGWCAGGUUUCASGACACAUCCAACGGUUCGAAGGGUCUUUCGAACUCCUUCGAGCACUUCCGCGGGCAUGCCACCUCGUCAUUUCAAACAAUGUUCAAUUUCAUAGCAGCAAAACAGCGCGGUUUUACUAACUACUCCGGUUCAAAUUAUCAAAACACGACACUGUCAACACAUUAUUUGGCUAGACUUUACAACCAAACGACAACUAGAAAAAUCAACAAUAUACAACAAUGAAUCCAGAAUAGUAAGUAUACACAAUAGKAGCGAGGACAAUACCUUGCAAUAKCUCGACGACGAUGCUCUCAGCAAAAGAACGGAAUUCCAGAAAAAGAACAGAACGAUACAAACGGUCACAGGGUUCUCAUGCGCGAUUCACGCCUGUAAAGCUCGAAAAAAACGWCUGAAACGAAAAAAAUGGAUGCGGGACGUCUGCUUUGGCUUGCAUUGCAGGAASUGYAGACGCCCAACAYAGCAAACACAMUGCACUUUACUGCUUGGCGAAUUCAAUGAUUCUUUGGCCUUAAUUAAUCUUAAACUGAAUUACUGUUUUCACCUUCCGAACGAAGAGGUCAUUUCCUUUGUYGUCAAGGACAUCGUCCGAAUUUCGGCCGUCUUUCUUUUCCUCCGUCUGCUCCGAAUCGAACUUCUCGUUUAUGUUUGACACCACACUCUUACGCUUUUCUUUCCUCCUGCGCUUAAUUUCAUCUAUUUCGGAAUUUAUUUUCAUCRAUAGCGACUAUUUGUUCAAACUUCUACUCAUUGGAGACUCCGGUGUKGGUAAAUCGUGUUUGCUUCUUCGAUUUGCAGAUGAUACCUACACUGAAUCAUACAUUUCCACUAUCGGUGUCGAUUUCAAAAUCCGAACCAUCGAACUUGACGGCAAGACGAUUAAGCUUCAGAUUUGGGACACUGCCGGACAAGAGCGCUUCCGUACGAUUACAUCUUCCUACUACCGAGGUGCGCACGGAAUUAUUGUCGUUUACGAUGUGACCGAUCAAGAAUCCUUCAACAAUGUGAARCAGUGGUUGCACGAGAUUGAUCGAUAUGCUGCCGAGAAUGUGAAUAAGCUCCUAGUGGGUAAUAAGUCCGAUUUGACGGGCAAGCGCGUCGUUUCGACGGAGCAGGGCAAGGAAUUCGCCGACUCACUCGGMAUUGAAUUCCUUGAGACUUCUGCCAAGACUUCCACCAACGUCGAACAAGCCUUCUUGACUAUGGCUAGCCAGAUCAAGGCACGAAUGAAGACCCAACCCACAGCCGCACAGGGAGGAAAAUCCCUUCCCCUCACUGGAGAGAAGAUCAAGAACAACUCGGGAUGCUGCUAAACGAACUUUUUAUACCCAACGACACGAUGCGACGAAUCAUCUGACAGUCCAUACAUUACAUUUUGAAAGAAGUAAAGUAUACUAAUAAUUAAAAGAGAGAAAUACAAUACGCAGYCGAAGCUCUCGUCCGACCGUCAUCUGUUGUUUUGGGUGUUGAGUUUGGAGCACGUUGUCGAUGAAAAAAGCAGGAGCACAAAGAGAAGAAGGACGCUUUUUAAUUUGGAAAUAAUACAUCAUUAUAAGU